AUGGUGCUACUGGCGAUUUAUGUUGGAAGUCAGAUGACUUGCAAUCCAGUGUGUACUCCACCAGCUUUCUGUGAUACUAAUACAGGAAUCUGUCGUAACUUCCGCCAAGCUUUUAAUGGGCCUGUUCUCAUCCAAUGCGCCAACUGUCCAGCUGGAACGCAAUGCGAUUCCAACACUGGAAUCUGCAGAACCUUCCGUCAGCCUUGA